AUGAACAAAGUAACAGGGGUGUCGGAAUCCCUCUUAAUCAGCUUCUUCGUGACUGGACUGAAACCCGACGUCCGCUAUGAACUUUCCUUCGCUAAGCCUGCCACGCUUAUGGAGGCCUUUGCUCUGGCACGUGCUUAUGAGGCUCGUGGGGACCAACACCCCUUCCGCUUCAUCAUCGGUGGCCACUGGUGUUCCGGCGAACCAACACAAACCUCCUUCAACGCCGCUGCUCUUGACUUUCCCCCGGGACCUAGUCUACCCAUUCGCCGGUUGUCUCCACAGGAGCUCCGUGACAAACGGGAAAAGGGAAUCUGCUACAAUUGUGACCAAAAGUGGUCUUCUACCCAUCGCUGUCGGAGCCGUUUUUAUGGUCUUUUGGGCACUGACGACGAUGGCACUUUUGAGGAAAUACCGGACCCGCCACCGUCGGACGAAUCGCCUCCAUCGGAAUCUAUCCCCGAUUCCUUGAUUUGUGGGGAUGUCUCCAGUUUACAUACCCUCUCUGGGUUGACUCGACCUCGCGCGCUACAUCUCUUGGGAGCCAUUCAGCUCCGCCCCGUCCGUAUUUUAGUAGAUAGCGGCAGCACCCACAACUUCAUUCAACCAACUGACGUCGUCUCUCUCAAACUCCACACUACAGAGGUGCCGUCGUUCCGGGUCUAUGUUGGGAACGGCGAUUAUCUUACUUGCUCGCGGCUUUGUCCUACUGUUCCCACUGUUGUCCAGGGCCAUACUCUCUCGGUCGAUCUCCACAUCCUCGCCAUCGCCGGUCCGGCCGUGGUUCUGGGGAUCCAAUGGCUCCAAACGUUAGGGCCGGUUACUCACGAUUAUGUGUCCCAAACCAUGACGUUUUCCCGUGACGACGCUCCCAUCACCCUCACAGGUGACCCUACUGUUCACAUUCAGCCCAUUGCUUUUGCUCAGCUACGUUCAGGGGCCCAGGCCCAUGAGAUUGCUAGGGGUUACGCCAUUUACAUCUUGGCCCGAUCCGACCCUAAUGGGCCUUCUAUGAUGGGUCACUUUGAGGUUCCAGACUCCACACCUCCAGUCCUCGCCCACCUCAUCUCCCAAUUUCAGCACCUGUUCUCCCCGCCGUCGGGACUACCUCCGCACCGGCCAAUUGAUCACCGAAUACACCUGCAACCCAACACAUCACCGGUGAAUUUUUGCAUCGACUACCGGGCGCUCAACGCAGUCACCGUGAAGGACAAUUUCCCUAUUCCCACGAUUGAUGAACUAUUGGAUGACCUCGGAAAGGCGUGCAUUUUCACCAAUCUAGAUCUUCACGCCGGCUACCAUCAGAUUCACGCGCAUCCCAGGGACAUUGCCAAGACUGCUUUCCGCACUACGGACGGCCAUUUCGAGUUCCUCGUUAUGCCAUUCGGCCUUUGCAACGCUCCGUCCACUUUCCAAGCGACCAUGAAUCGGUUAUUCGCCCUUUUCUUGCACCAAUUUGUUGUGGUUUUUUUUGAUGAUAUACUAAUUUACAACAACUCGUUGGAGGAGCACGUUCAUCACCUACAACAAGUUCUUUCCCGGCUCAGUGACCAGGCCUUUGUUUUGAAGGGAUCGAAAUGCGUGUUCGGGCAGGCUUCUGUGGCUUACUUGGGGCAUAUAGUGUCUGAGAGCGGAGUUCGCGCUGACCCGGAGAAGGUUGACGCAAUGUAG